GAGUGCCAGGGAGUCCAAAGGUCCGAGUUAGGAGAGGGGAUAAGGGGGGCCGAGACUCUAAAAGGAGGAGGAAAGAGGAGGUGCUGAAAGGGACUCGAUACCGCCCCCGCCGACAAAGCCUGGAAGAAUUGCGCUCCGUCAGUGCGCCCUGCCUGCCAGUCGGAGGAUGGGGAUUUUUUUUCUCCUUUCCAUUCAUCCAUGCCCCUUUUUUCCCUCCUCCUCCUCCUCUCAAACAAGCCAGUCGGUCUGUCAAUGUGCUGCGAGCGUUAGGACGAGUCAAAGCAGUGGGAUUUUGAGGCAGAGAGACGGAGGAGAUAACGAAUGAAGCGCUUUUCCAUGACCGAGAAGCGACGCGUCCUGCUCUCCAAAUGAUGCGCCGCAUCAGAUAAUUUCCAGCCGGGACUGAUGCUCACAACUCGCAUCUUAUUAUUAUUAAUAUUAUUUUUUCCUUUCUAUCACUUCAAAACUUUCACGUUGGCCUGUGUGUGACAUUAUUAGAGUGGAGAUGCUUUUCUAGCGCUUUGAUUUAUUCCUCUCAGUUUCUUUGAAUUGAUUCUUGGAUUUAUCGUCGAUUUCGGAUCUUUUUUAUGAUUAUUAUUUUUCAGCGUGUCUAUUAAGGAUUUACAACCCGUGUGUGUUUGCUUUUGAUUCCAUAAAGAGGCCACUAAGGAUUGUAACGCGCACUGACUGAACCCGCCGAGCAUCAACACGUCUUUAUGAGGAUGGAGCUGUGGACACGAGUAACAUCUUUUCCGUUUUAAACGUUUCACCCUCACACUUUUGACCUGGUUUUGAUUGCGCCCUUCUGCCACACUGACAGUAUUUCUUUUCCCCGGUUCCUCUCUGAUAUGCUGGAAGCUAGAUAUUCUUGCGAGGAAACAAGGUAAUGGGAGAGAAAUCGCACAGAGUCGGCACAGAGAACAAGGGAACAUUGUUCGGAAAAAAAGACAAUCAGGGCGCACCGAAAGGCUACAGAGUUAGAGGCUGGGUGGCAAUCAUUUUUUCUUUUAAAUAUUUUUGAUUCCGUGGAGUUACCUUUCAGCCGAGGAGCGCAGUUUUUGGAGAAAUAAAAGGGAAGGACAGAUUAACGAGGAAAGUCAUGGGAUUGGCACAGAAUUAGUGCAACUGUGGACGCGCAGAAAUCGUUUUUUGGACACCCAGACGCGCGGAUUGAACAAGUUUCUUUUCCCCCUCGCACAUUUCAGUGCGUGUGCUGUGAUCGCUUACAAUCGGCCACAUUUCGGAUCCAUGAGGUUGUGCAGAGCGGGCUUUGGCUUCACACUUUGACUGUCUUCUACCUAUAGCCUGAUCGGCUGUAGCCGCGCAUCUAUUGUUUUGAGAGAGUCCCCCCUCGUGUGCAACAGCAUCGAAACCGCAGAAAAGAUCUUGCUUUUAAAUGGGGCCGCAUAUGCUGGGUGUCAGGGUUGAGAUGGCGUGUCGAAGAAGUGGGAAUGGAUUGGGGAUCCUGCUGGUAUUCUUACUGGAUUUACUGGGGACGACAGCCAGCAACCUGGAGCCCAUCUACUGGAAUUCCCUGAACGAAAGAUUCAGAGACGACAAGGGCUACGUUCUGUACCCUCAGAUCGGGGACCGGCUGGACCUCAUCUGCCCUCCUCUGGACACCGCCAGGUCCACGCCGGAGUACGAGUUCUACAAGCUCUACCUCGUGUCGACGCGGGAGCAGGCGGACCGCUGCGAAGUGAUGGGACCCCCCAACAUCGUGCUCACUUGCGACGAGCCCACCCGCGAACGCCGCUUCACCAUCAAGUUCCAGGAGUUCUCGCCCAACCUCUGGGGCCACGAGUUCAAGAGCAUGCAAGACUACUACAUCAUCGCUACGUCAGAUGGGACGCGUCAAGGCCUGGACAGCAUGAAGGGUGGAGUGUGUGCCACGCAAGGCAUGAAGGUGGUCCUAAAAGUGGGGCAGAGCCCAUAUGGACUGCCUCCAAAGAAGGAGCCGGCAGCGGGACGCACCACCAGCAAAAACCCAGGCGGCACGGGGAACUCCAGCCAGCCUCGAGGACCCUUCGGGGAAGAAGGCAGAGGUGAGAACGGGCCUCUCCAACCCUCCAACAUCGCUCUCAUCGCCGGCGCCGCGGGAGGCUCUGCCUUUCUCCUGCUGGUCACCGCCGUGAUCUGCGUCGUGUGCUACAGGAGGCGGCACGCCAAGCACUCGGACACCCACCACCCUCCGCUGUCGCUGUCCUCCCUCACCAGCCCCAAACGGGGAGGCGGCGGGGGCAUCACCAGCUCCAACAACAACGGCUCCGAGCCCAGCGACAUCAUCAUCCCUCUGCGGACGUCAGACUCGGCCUACUGCCCGCACUACGAGAAGGUGAGCGGGGACUACGGACACCCUGUCUACAUUGUCCAGGAGAUGCCGCCUCAGAGCCCAGCCAACAUCUACUACAAAGUAUGAGGUGGCCUUUGCUCCGGCCAACUGGACGCACCCGCCUCCCUCCACCCGUUACCGACCAAUCCCUCCUCCCCACAUCCCUGCUCCAAAUGAAGCCACAGCAAAGCUAUCCAUCACAGCUCCAACCCUGAUCCCCUCAAUACUGCCAGUAUUGCCCCUCCAACCCCCCCACACCCCCAACUCACUACCCUGUGAGCCUGCACCCCUGGCCACAGUUGUGUUUCUAGCCGAGUAAGCCUCCCCACCCCAUUCUCACACAACCAAGUGUGUGUAAAGGGCAAUGUCGUAACCGUGCAUAGCCUUUGUUAACAAGGCCCUCGCGAAUAGGCAAUAGGCUCUGACUGCCCCCCCUUCUUGUUAACUCAGAGCUAAAUGAGCCCCCCUACACAUGCUGAAUUGAAGAGUCCUCCCCUAAACGCCAGUGUGCAUGUGCAGCACACACUGUUUUUUUUUUUUAACGGGGUAGGGACCUGCCGUUGGGAAAUGUGAUGUUUUGAAGAAGGAAAAAGGAGAACGCAAAGGACAAGAACAGCAAGAAAAACUACUCCCCUGACCCCCACUUAGCACCGCAGAACUCCAUCAGCCAAUCAGAGUCCGGCCCCUACCACUAACUCAAUAAUAGGAUGCUAGUUUGUAUGUGUUUGUUUCUCCUGAGAAAACGCAGGGGGAAGAGGGGGGCCUCGGACUCGCCCGAUCAGCACCGUCCGAGCGGCGGUCACAUGACCGAGCCAGGGCCUCUACGCAAGGUCUGACCAAUCGGUGACUCUCAGAAUCUUGUAUAUUUUAAUAAUGCGUGUGACUGUGAGAGCGAGCUACGAACUCGGUCAAUAAUCAUGGCGGUGCUGCUGCUCCACAUUAGACGUGUGCGUGCAGUUAGUGUGCUUCAAGUACGGCAAGUUUGCAUAUGCGCGCGUGGGGUUUAGUCUGUGUGCGUGUGUGUGCGUGCGCACGCUUUGUGCGAGGGUGACUGUGCGAAUGCGUGCGUUCUUUAGACUUGUCUUAAAUACCAAAACACAAAAUAGUGAGCGAAUAUCAAAAAAGUGAGAUUUUUUAUCGCUAUUGACACUUAUAGAUUAUAUAUAUGAAUAUCCAGUAAAUAAUUUCUAGAUGUUUUUUUCCGUUUUCUAUUGUUUUGUUUUACCCACUCUGUUUAAACUACACUUCUGUUGCUAGACAUCUUUUUUUGUUUUUAUCUAUUUUUCUUUUUCACAACUUAGAAUGACCUUGUUUACCCUCCACCCACCCCCACCUCCCCUUUGUUUAUUAAUUUAAUCCCUUUUUUGUUUUUUGUUUAAUUUUUCCGGUGAACAGAGGUCGUUUCUCUCUUCCCUCUCUCAUUCACUCCCUCCCUCCUUCCUCCACCUCUCCCCCCUUCCCUCUAGGGUCUCUGAACUCUGUGUAUAUUUUUAUAGCUCCUUGUACUAUGCCGUAGUUUUGAAGUUUAGACCUCGUUUGUGGAAGUGUUGAGGUAGAACCAUCUAUGAAAGUUUUUUCUUUUCCUUUCAAAUGUUUUUUAUUUUUUUCGGAAGCGAAAAGAAGUUAGGGAUGG